ACAAUGUUCUGAAACAGAAAGGCACGCAUAUGUUUGAUUUCACGUGCGCUUAUUUGGUGAGGGAUUCUAAAGACUGUCCAACAGAUGAACGACCGUGUCACUCUUUCCCGCAUGUACACAAAGUACGUCUUUGUAUGAUCAGAUGCAGAAUACUUACAUGAGCGCCGUCCGGAUUUUAUAUCAACUCCAUGGCAGUUGUGUGUAAAGAGAGCCUAUCGCUACGAGGAGCUUCAUAAACAUCCGGAACCCAUCGAAACCGAAAACACAUCUCGCUAACUGGAUCAGAAAAAGGCGAUAACAGUGACCUGAUGAAGGCGUCACAGAGACACGUUACUCUCUUUCUGCUGGUCACCUUCGGCGCCAUCUUUGUCAGUGAUGCAGCAGAAACCAGUACAUCAUGCCCUGAAGUAGGCUGCUUUGGACGGCCAGUCAACAUCACCUGUGACAUAACUGGCCAAUACGACUAUAUCGGGUUUUGCGGCCAGAUACUAUUGAAGUAGUAACAUGCCUGAAGACCUUACAUGAAUGCUAUGUUAAUGUUCAAGGUUAUGAGGUGGUGUUUCGCUCAGAUGACAAACACAUUAUGCGCAUAGAGAGUCUGAGUAGAAGGGAUGUUGGAACGUGGAAUUGUCAUGAUGGAACAAACCCACUCUUGAAGACUUGUAGCAUCGAAGGAUAUGCUGUAAGACAGUCCCCAACUCCUGCACCUCCGUCGCCUGACUCAGACUGCAUCAACAUCCCGAAAACUUUCCAUCUGCAAACAUUAUGUAAAGGUUUUCAAGAGGAUCCAAAUGUCAACAUUACUAUCAGGGUGGCUAACAACAGCUACAGUUUCACAUCUGACCAGUACAAAGAAAAUGAUGAGGUAGAACUUGAUGAUGCCCCUACAGGUGGGGAACUGGAAUGCAGUGUCACCGGACCAGCCGCCCAGUGUUACACACCCUCCAAGCCGAACAAGACCAAAAUAUGUCCAGGUCCUCCGGUUCCUACAAUGGCCAUUGUUAUCAUUGCCCUUCUGAUAUUGAUCAUCAUCAUCUGCCUUUUGGUAGAUUGCAUCUUCUGUAGGCCAGGGGGUAGAGGCGCAGGGUAUGUAUCACAUCAGUCUUCCAGGGAACCUGCCGAAUGA